GUUCGUAGCACGUGUGUGUGUGUGUUCGCGCGCACACGUGUGCAGUUUAAACGCAUUGCGAAUUAAAAUCCAACAUUUAACGUUAACGACAAACAUUUAAUCUUCUUCGCGGAUAGACCCGGCUUAAGUUUGUCCACUUGCCGAGCGAAUAAUGGCGAAGCCCAUGAUUGUGAAUAACGAGAUUGUGGGCAUGAGGAAGGACGUGAGGAAAGUGAAGAUUCUCGUUGUGCGGAAACUCGCUCGCUCCCUCGCUGCGCUCAGGAAGAAAAAGGGCUCGGAGGAAGAUUUGCAAAAGAAUGCCAGGAGGGUGAAGCGGCUUCUGGAGGAGAUCGAUGCCGUCAAGGAUUUAGAUCCAGACACGGUUUCAAAGACUGCCCUUUAUGAGAACAUCACGUUUGAGUCGGUGUGCAAGAAGGACAUCUCGACGGCGAGGGAGCGUGCGUUGGCGCGACUUUCCACCUUCCCGCUCAUCAGGGCCAAGAUCGACACCAUUAAGGCCGCCCUCGACUCGUUCAAAGCGGCACGCGCAACGGUGCCAGACGACAGCAAGGCUUCCCCGAGGCCUGGCGAGGGGGAGAGCGAGGGGGAGAGCGUGGGGGAGAUUGCCGGGGAGAGCGAGGUGGAGAGUGAGGGGGAGAGAGACGAGGGGGAGAGUGCGGGGGAGAGCGUGGGGGAGAGCGCGGAGGAGAUUGCCGGGGAGAGCGCGGAAGAGAGUUCGGACGAGGGAGGAGAGAAAGAAGAGAGACUGAAUACGGGGGCGGCGAACAGAGCGAGACUGAGCCGGGUCGGCAAGAGCGAGGAGAGGAGAGGAACGAUUGUCGGGACGGAGAUCUUGGGGAGAGCGAAGGGAGCCGUGGCGAGCGUGGCUGGCGCGGCGAGCGGAGGGCCCACCGGAGGCUCUUCCGCGGCCACUUGGACCGCGGUCGCCGCGGCGACGACGCCGUCCGGCGGCCGCGUGGGGCCGAGCGGAGAGGAGCGCACGGCCCUCGCGGCCGCCGGUGACGUCGCGAGCGACGAGCCGCCGCCCCCGCCGGAGCCGGAGUUUGACGACAGCACCGAGGAGCGGUUCUGCCGCAGGCAGAAGGGACUCGGGGGGAAGGGCGCGGGCCGGCACGGCGGCGGCGGCGAUGACAAGGACGACGACGAUGAGAGCGAAGACGACGAGAGCGACGACGAUUUCUUCAUCGGGAAAGUGCGACGGGGCGGGCCCGGGAGGAGGAGGGGGAAGAGGCGGCGGAAGGAAAGCGGAGCGCUGCGGGGUGGUGACCGGAGUGACAGUGACAGUGACGGUGAUGGCGAUGGCGGCGAUGGAGGUGCGAGGCGAGGGCGUGCGCAGCGCCGAAGGCCGGGAGGCCGAGCGGGGAUGACGACGCAGUUCUGCAGCCUCGGGGAGUCGCGGGGAGCGAAGGGCGGACGCGGCAAACACUUCCCAUCGGGCAACGAUCGCAAACCCUACCCAGGGGCCUCCGCUUCUGCCGGCGGGCGUAGGGGAGCUGGCCGGCUCCCCGCUCGGGGGGGCCCGCGGGGUGCGGGUGGGGCCGGCGGCGGUAGUAGGGGCGCUCCGGACGGGCAACGGGCAGCGCUGCCGACGGGCAGCCUCCACCCGUCGUGGGAAGCGAGCCGCAAACGCAAGGAGCAGCUGGGCAAAAUCCCCGAGUUCGCCGGCAAGAAGAUCAAGUUUGACGACUGAAGGACUGACGCAGGGGAGAGAUGUGGCGGCGGUUGGAGCUGGAGCGAUCGGUUGCGAGCAAUCGGUUGCGAAGAGACUCGGUUGCGUGCAACUGAAUCGCUUUGCGUGCGGAGGGCAGCUCUUGCGGCAACCGGUCGCUCGGCGCCGGUGACGUUCUAGCGGCGGAUCGUCGUCUUCGUCACCGCGCGACGCCGUUUGUGAACGCGCGAUUGGUCGUUACGAUCCUGACGUUGA